AGGAUAAGGAUCAAGGCUGAUAUUUUUAUCCUCAGCCACGUGUUUUGCUAUUCAUCUUCAUUUUUUUUCCUCCCCUUUUCUCCCCCGACAAGCCCCCCAAGCCACCGACUCUCUCCCUCUUGAAAACCCGGUGAGAUCUUGAUGAAAUUUCUCUUCUUUUCUUGUUAAAUCACAAGAUUUGGGGCUUAGAAUCUUCCCUCUCAACCCAGAAAAUCUCGGUUCUGCUCUGUUCUUCUCCCCUGUCCGCCGGCUGCUAUAGGGGUGUGAAAUUUUGGAGCUUUUUCUGGUAAGAUCUAGCCAUGAAUCCCUCUCUUUAACCUUGAUUCAGGCUGGGUUUACCUUAAUUGCUUUUAUUUCCCUCAAUUUUGAGGUAGCCCGUGAGCCCCUCUACAGAAAUGCCGCCGGCUUCUUCUCCCUGCCAGCUCCGGUUUGCUUACUGGAAUUCUGGUUUUGAUCGUUUUGCCACCGCAGCACUUGGGUUAGCCUUCUGUUCUGUGCAAGUGAGGUAAGUAAAUCAUGGUAAAGCCUUUCGAUUUUAAAGCAUGUUUUAAACUGUUUUUGAGAUGGUGGCAAGGUUUAAAUUGAUUUUAAAUUGAUUUUAUCAGCAUCUGAAUGUGAUUAAAUUGAAAUGGAAAUUGUGAUGGUUUUUAUGAGAAUUUCAUUGUUUUCUGGAAUUGAGCAUGAUUGGAAUGAAAUUGUUUUCGUUGCAUUGAGUAGAGCAUGCCUUUUUGGAAAUUGACUGAACUGUUUUGAUGAAUUGAGAGUUUUUGUAAAUUCUGAGUUUUCUGUUAAAUCCAUGCUCACAUGGAGAUUUUCCGGUUGUUUCUGAAAUUGGAGAUUGAUUGUCCUGAUGAUCUGAAAGUGAUUGGUGAAUUAUGUUUUUCUGUUAACUUCAACCUGUUUUGUCUCCGAUAUGGUCAUGUUAUUCUGUUGCCCGCUAGUGGGAGUUAUAAACGCUAGCACAUGUCGACAUGUUACUGAUAGAACCGGUUCGUUUCUGUUAUCCUGCUAAUGGGAUUAAACACUAGCAAUUUCUGUUGCCUGCCAGUGGGAGUUUUAAACACUGGCCAUGACCUAUAGAGGAGACGUCUAUUUCAUGCCCGUACUGUAUCUGUUUUCAUGAUUACACGGGUUGGCAUGCUAUGAGUUUAAUUAACGGGUUGACAUGAGACGUUUUGUUAUUGAACUGAAUCUGAUCUUACAUUGACGGUUUGUCAUUGAAUGCUUUGCAAGUGAACUGAAUCUGAUUUUGUCAUUGAGUGAUUUGUUAUGCUAAACUGGUUUAUCUGGCAUGCUUAAAAGUUUUACCCAAGGGCUAUCCAUAUUUACUUACUGAGUUUAUCUAAUAGUUUUUCCUUGUCCACCAUUUCAGGAAGUGAAACCGAGGACGGGGAAACCACGGGAAGUGACGAGUUAGAAGGCUAGCCAUUUCGAGAUUGAUAUAGAUUUUAGAAAUAAAUCAUGUUUUGUAAGAUAGAUUUUACCUUGUGAUUUUAAGUUUAAGUCAUGUUGGACAUAGAAUUAUUGAAAUAUCUGAUUUUAAGUUAUUGGAUUGUUAGAUGUGAAUUGGAUAAGUUCC